AUGUUGAAAAGCGGGGAGCGUUGUUUCCCCGACUCCGACUACAUCUCUGCACUGGAAUCGCCUAUAUCCUGGGACAUCAACGACCCCAAACUGCCCCAGGAUGUGCAUCAGUUGGAUCGUUUCCAGGAAUGGACAGAUUCCUAUGUUAAAUUUAUUUAUAGUGCUGAUGAUAAAAAUGCACAGAGGCAUCAGAGUGGAUGGGCCAUGAGGAAUACCAACAACCACAACUGCCACAUUCUGAAGAAAUCCUGUUUAGGAGUAGUACUUUGCAGCAACGAUUGCACCCUGCCUGAUGGGAAAAAGAUCUAUCAGAGACCUGCCAUAUGUGAUAAGGCACGGCAGAAACAACAAAAGAAAUGUUGUCCAAACUGUGGUGCUCCCUUGAAUCUGAUGCCAUGCCGAGGACAUGGAGGUUAUCCUGUCACCAACUUCUGGAGACAUGAAGGAAAAUGCAUAUUUUUUCAGGCAAAAGGUGUACACGAUCACCCCAGGCCAGAAACAAAGACAGAAGCUGAAGCGAGGAGAUCAAUCCACAAGAAAAGACCAUAUGGUGAAAAUGGAUGCUAUAAAAAUAAAAGAGACCUACAGCUUUUAACAGGUCCAAUUGAAAACGAAGGAUCUCAGCCAACAUUUACUUCGAAUCCAAAAAGUGUGUUGUCCAAUCUCUACGUAAAUGGAAACCUGGAAGAAUGUGUAGCAGUUGAGAACAUCUCUGGUACUCCAUGCUUCUCAUAUACAAAUGGGCAUGACCUCGGAAAGCCCACCUAUCUUUAUGAUCCACACUGCGAAAUGGAUAUCAGCAGAAUCUAUAGCAGAUGUGCACAAUUUAGUGCAGGGUGCCAUAAUCCUGGGAAUUAUGGUGGCCCCGUUACAAACUGCAGUACAAAUUUUGAGUGUGGAGAUUACCCCAACUGGAACAAAAUUACUUUGGGAAAGAAUGCUUACAGCAACUCUUUUAUUAGAUAUUCUCAAGGUUCUUCAGAUCCUUGUAAUGAAACUGCCAGUCCUAAGAACUUUAGAGACCCAAUGCAGAAUGCACAAACUACAAUAAACAGCAUGAACAAGACCAUGUACCAGACCUCCAAGCCCAACCCGGAUGAAUAUUGUGAUUAUCUAUAUGAUGCUAUGUUCCUGCAAAAUCAGAAUAGCACCUAUGUUCCUGCUGCUAUUUAUCCACUUUAGAGUUUCCCCACAUGCAAUCACCCAUAACUGCUGUGGUAAUGUGAAGGGCAGAAACAUAGAAUUCUAUCAAUAAUAAGAAUCAACUUUUUUUUUUUUAAGUCUUAACUAAACCACCUAUGAACUGGAAGAUAUUUAACAUUCCAACUGGAAGUUUUUAAAACAUCAAUUCAAACAUAAC